AUGCAACUAGACAUAUCUGAAUUUGAUGAAAAGUGUAAUAUAUGUAUCUUUGCUUAUUUUGAUGAUAAUAUUGAAGGUGUUAAAUUUGAUGAAUCAUAUGAGCUUAGUAAUUGUUGUAAUUAA